AGCGCUGCCGCCAGGUCACAGAUUAUUGUCGUCGAGGUCGGACCUGACAGGACAAGAUACAUUCUACACAAGGAACUCUUAAUUCACCACUCCGGACUGUUCCGACGCGAAAUAUCUCAAAAUCCCAAGAAACAAAGUUUUGCUUUAGAAGACAUCUUCACUGAGGAGUUCAGUUUCUUCGUGGACUGGCUGUAUGAGAAAAAACUACCUUCAUCUGCCCAAACUACCGAGUCUUGGCUCGCAUUCUAUGCAUACAUGGUCGCAGAUCGGCUCUCGGUGAUUCGCUUGAAAGUUGCAUUGAUGGAUGCAAUUUUUCAUGAGCUUUCUUCACGUAGUGUGAGCAGCGACAUGGUCUGUAGGCUUUUUGAGGCUCUACCAAAGAACGAUCCACUGCUUCAGCUAGUUGUGGAUGCAAUCUGUAUCAACGACGGCAUCGGACGUAUGGGUACAGAGAGUCUCGUCAGCAUUGAUAACUUGUCAAAAGAAUAUCUGACUCGAGUAAUGCGCAAGUUUCAUCAUCUAAACCAACUUCCCGAGAAGGAGAGAAAUUUAUGUCGUGCAGACUACAGUAUGAUGGCAUGCUUGUUGGGUUAGACUGGUGGAGGUGAAGCGUGAGGACCGUUCUAGUAACC